AUGGAAAUUCUGGCCAGACUUCAAAAUCAAGCUAACCAAAUUAAGCAGAUUCACCUUAGAGAUCUUCUCUCACAACGUGAGAGAAACCAAGUCUGCACUGCAAAUUUCGAAAAUAUCCUUUUCGAUUAUUCUCAUAGUAAAGUAUGCCAGACAACACUUGAUUUGCUAGGGGAGUAUGCCAUAUCUACUGGACUCUUCGAUAAAAUAAGAGCUAUGUAUGAAGGUCAGCACAUCAAUACAACAGAAAACAGAGCAGUUCUCCACGUUUUAUUAAGAGCUCAAGAAUCCCAGCAUCCUCAGUUCCCUGAAGUUCUCCAAAUCAGAGAAAGGAUCAAAGAUUUCGCUGGCAAAGUUCGAAAUGGAGAAAUUCUGGGAGUCACAGGUAAGCCUUUGUUUAACAUUCUCUGCAUUGGGAUUGGUGGAAGCUACCUAGGCCCAGAAUUUGUAGCAGAAGCCUUAAAAACUGAGCCAAACUGCAUGAGGGAAUCUAUAGGCAGAAAUCUUCGCUUCUUAGCUAACGUAGACCCAGUUGAUUUCUUAAGAGCUACCCAUGAGCUAGACCCAGAAGAAACCUUAGUGGUCAUUAUUUCUAAAACUUUCACAACUGCUGAAACCAUGAUGAAUGCAAGAAAAGCUACCGCAUGGCUUACAUCUCAUAUAACUAGCCAUCCUUCAGAAAAAGUAAUUGAGCAUCAUGUCUGUGCAGUUUCUUCCAACCUCCAAAAAACUAAAGAGUUUGGCAUCCAAGAUGAAAGAGUUUUCGGAUUUUGGGAUUGGGUAGGCGGAAGAUACUCAGUUACCUCAGCUGUAGGCCUAGUUCCUCUUUACCUUCAUUAUGGUCCUCAAAUUGAUCUUUUCUUACAAGGUGCUAAUUCUAUUGACAGACUUUUCCUUGAAAAAGCCAACCUGAACCAAUGGAAAGAAAACAUCCCUCUGCUAAUGGGACUUUUGGGCUGGUGGAACACACAAUUUUUGGAGUACUCAUCAAGAGCUGUGUUACCUUAUUCUCAAGCAUUGGUUAGAUUUGCAGCUCAUAUUCAGCAGUUAGAUAUGGAAAGCAAUGGAAAACAAUGCAAAAAGGAUGGAACUCCUGUAGAAGUGUCAGGACCAAUUGUAUUUGGAGAGCCAGGAACUAAUGGGCAGCACUCAUUUUAUCAGCUUAUGCAUCAAGGCAGAAUUGUUCAAUCAGAAUUCAUAGGAUUUUGCCAGUCGCAUAGCUCAGAUAGUGAAGCUCAUAAUGAAUUAUGCUUAAUUGAACUGAAUAUAACGUCAGAAGCUAUUUAAAAUAUUCUAAUUUUUUACAAAAAAUUAUAAAACUUCUAUUAUUCUCAGAGAUAACUCAAAGAAAUAGAGAAUAAUGUCAAAUUUCUUUGCACAGCCUGAUGCACUUGCCUUAGGCAAAACAACUGAAGAGUUGAGAAAGGAAAAUUGCCCUGAUGCCUUGGUUCCUCAUAAGAUGUUUAAAGGUGAUAGACCAAGCUUUAGCUUAUUAUUCCCUGCGCUUACUGUAAACGCAUGCGGCCAGCUUUUAGCUCUUUAUGAGCAUCGCGUCGCAGUAGAAGGGUUUUUGUGGGAUCUUAAUUCAUUUGACCAAUUUGGAGUUGAGCUAGGAAAAACACUUGCAACUAAAGUAAAGCAAGCAAUUGCAUCAGAAACCUUUGAAGGCCACCCAAGCGAAAAUUUGCUUCUUCACUAUAUCAAUCAUAGAUAA